CUUGUCGAGUCAAGAUGCGAGAAAUAUUUGUAGAAAAAACAUACGAGGAUCAGUCCGUAUUUGUUAGCGGUGCUACUGGAUUUAUAGGAAAAGUUCUUGUGGAAAAGUUGUUGCGUGACUGUAAAAAAAUUAAAAAUAUUUAUAUUUUAUUGAGAUCAAAGAAGGGUGAUGGAUUGGCAAAAAGAUUUGAGAAUUUUAAAAAUUCAAUAGUUUUUAAUAAUUUGCGUAAAAUUGAUGCUAGUAUCUUUGAAAAAUUGAUUGCUAUCGAAGGUGAUCUAAUGCAACCGAAACUUGGAAUAUCGGAAAGUGAUGAAGAAUAUUUGUCAAAAAAUUUGAAUAUUUUUAUUCAUUGUGCAGCUAGUGUAAGAUUUGAUGAGCCAAUAAGAGUUGCAUUGCAAAUGAAUACAAUAAGUACUAGGAACAUGCUUCAAUUGGCUGAAAAAUGUGAUAAUUUAAAAGGAUUUGUUCAUGUCUCCACUGCAUACUCAAAUACAAAUCAAAAAAUAAUUUUUGAAAAAAUUUACGAUCCAAUUAUUGAUUAUAAGCAGUUCCUUGACUUGUUUGAGAAAAAUGACGAUCAAGAACUUGAUGCAUUAUGUCAAGAAGCACUGAAAACUUUUCCAAAUACCUAUGUGCUUACUAAACAUUUGUCUGAAAAAUUAGUGUCAGAACAUGAUCAUCUUCCAAUAACUAUUGUUCGUCCAUCUAUCGUUACUCCAUCAAAUAUGGAACCUGAAAUGGGAUGGGUUGACAGUCAAAAUGGUCCAAUGGGUGUUCUUCUAGGAGCUAGUUCGGGUAUUUUGCGUACAGUACAUGGAAAUGGAGAUUUAAUAUGCGAUCUCAUACCAUGUGACUUUGUAGCGAAUUGUGUUAUUACUGCUGGUGCGUCAAUUUCGUCAAGCCCAACGAAAUCACUUGAGAUUUAUAAUUGUACAUCAAGUCAACAAUUCAAUUUAACAUGGAAUGAAUUUUUGGAAAUGGGUCGCCAAACUUACAUGCAAUAUCCGUCAAUCAAAGUAUUUUGGUAUCCAGGAGGAAGAAUGUGUGCUAAUUAUUACUUCUACUUGCUUUACUUUACAUUAUUCCAAUUCAUCCCAGCAUGUUUAAUUGAUAUUUGUGCUGUAUUAGCUGGGAAAAAGCGAUGGGCUAUUAAACUUCAACGAAGAAUUUUUGAUUCAAUCAAUGUAUUUAAAUACUUUAUCAACAAUUCUUGGACUUGGGAUGCGAAGAAUUGUCAAUUAUUAGUUCAGAGAUUAAAUGUGGAGGAAAGAGAAAAGUUCAACUUUGACGUGUCGAAAUUGGAUUUUGAUAAAUACGUAGAACAUUGGGUCAUUGGCUCAAGGCGGUUUGUUAUGAAACUUGACGACAGCACCAUCCCUGAAGCUAAGCGUAAAUUUGUUUUUCUUUUCUGGUUGGAUUUUACUGUGAAAUCAUUAUUCGCUGUUUUGUUUGGAUAUCUGAUGUUGAAAAUGUAUGCUGGAAUUUCUAACAGAUCCGUGAUCAAAAUGUCUUAAGUGAAAAUUAUGUGUUUAUAGUUUGAUAAAGUUUUAUUUUUAUAUUUUUUUUUGUGUAUAAUAUUUUUUCAUUUUAAUGAUUUUAAUAAUAAAUUGGUUAAAUAAAUCUUCUUCGUAAGAUUUGGAAAUACCAUAAUUAAGCACGUUUUGUCCUGUUUUUAAAAGCUUAAUAUUACUAUCUUGUUAAUUCAAUAGACUUGAGCAAAACCCUAAAACAUUUGCUUUAAUGGGGAGGGUGGGAGUGUUUUCAAAACUUUUGCGGCAAUCAAAAUAAAGAGCGGACCGAUAUGUCUUUAAAAUAUGAUUUUAAAUUAAAUAAUAAGAAAAGACUAAGAAAAUUAACUCCAAGUUACUUCUUAAAAGCAUUUUUGAUGAUAGAAUAAAAUUGAUUCAAUGAAUCUUGGGAUACAAAAAGUGGAAGUAUUCGGUUCAUAAACCAGUAAAGAAGACCACCAUAAAUCACCAAUUUACAGAAUCGAUCUAAUAAGUACAUGACUUGCAUCAUACGUCGAGCCGAUGGAAUCAUUUCAUCUGGCUGCUUUAAUAAGUAUCUACGUCCUCCAAGAAUGCAAUCUUCAAAAUAUUUGUAAAUAUUGAUUCCUUUGGCAUCAACUUUAUAUUUUUCCAACUCGUAUUCAUUCAUCCUUCCUCUUAUGAUGAUUGCAUGUUUGUUAUCGAAAUCCCAUUGAUUAUUAGCAUAAUAUUGAAGAACUUCCAUUCCUUUGGCGAUUCUCUCGUGAACUCUCCAUAAU